UGAUGAGGGUCCAGUUCCAGUUCCAGAAUCCCACGCGAUUUCUGCUGGACCCAACUAAGCCACGUGGACCAAAAGGCCCCACACAUCAUCAUCCCUACAACGAUGGAGAAGAUAGAAGUAGAACCAAACUCCGAAAACCGCGACGGCCUCGUCACACAAUGUCGUCGGCAUCGUCACCGUCACCAUUUCCACUACUCAACGCUGUCUCUCCCUCACCGUUACUCCGGCCGUUACUUCCGCCGUCAUCCAUCUCCCAUCGCAAUAGCUACUCCAACUGCUCUACCUGCAAGCCUCUGAUUUUCCAUGCAAACCAAAACCGGCACCGUUUUGUGAAGGUUCGGUCACAGCUGAGUGGCCCUUUCAUCUCUCCGGAAGACCAUUGGGGUACAUGGACCGCACUCUUCGCCACUGGUGCUUUCGGCCUUUGGUCAGAGAAGACGAAGAUUGGGAGCAUGGUGAGUGCUGCUCUGGUUAGCAUUUUGGUUGGGCUGGCCGCUAGUAAUCUUGGAAUUAUUCCUUAUGAUGCACCGGCAUAUUCGAUUGUGAUGGAGUUUUUGCUACCUAUUACUCUUCCACUGCUGUUGUUUAGAGCAGACAUGCGUCAAGUGAUGCAGUCGACUGGGACAUUGCUCUUGGCUUUCUUGCUUGGAUCAGUUGCAACAAUUGCUGGAACUCUUGUGGCAUUUCUGGUAGUGCCUAUGCAAUCACUGGGUCAAGAUAGUUGGAAAAUAGCUGCUGCCCUCAUGGGUAGUUAUAUUGGUGGAGCUGUUAAUUAUGUUGCAAUUUCAAAGGCUCUUGGUGUUUCUCCAUCAGUUUUGGCUGCAGGAAUAGCCGCAGAUAAUGUUAUUUGUGCUCUGUAUUUUAUGAUCUUGUUUGCAUUAGCUUCUAAAAUACCUCCUGAGACUCCAAAAUUAACCAAUGAUGUUGCACUGAAUAUGGAGUCUGAUUCUGGAAGCAAGCUCCCUGUGCUACAGACAGCUACAGCUCUUGCUGUAUCUUUUGUUAUCUGCCUGUCUGCCACAUAUCUAACAAAAUUGUUUGGAAUUCAAGGAGGCACCCUACCAAGCAUAACAGCAAUUGUUGUUGUUUUAGCAACUGCCCUUCCAAUGUAUUUUGGUUACCUUGCACCUGCUGGUGAUACUAUUGCUGUGGUUUUGAUGCAGGUAUUUUUUGCUGUAGUGGGUGCUAGUGGGAGCAUAUGGAAUGUCAUCAAUACUGCUCCCAGUAUUUUCAUGUUUGCUCUUGUUCAAGUAAUGGUCCAUCUUGCUGUGAUCCUUGGAUUGGGGAAGCUAUUUCGCUUAGACUUAAAGCUGUUACUUUUGGCAUCAAAUGCCAAUAUUGGAGGUCCUACUACAGCAUGUGGAAUGGCCACAGCCAAAGGAUGGAGCUCUUUGGUUGUUCCUGGGAUUCUUGCAGGCAUUUUUGGAAUCUCUAUUGCAACUUUUCUUGGCAUUGGUUUUGGAGUCAUGGUUCUUAGACACAUGUAAAAUUUAUAUUUUUAUACUUUUUUAUUUCUAUAUCAGAAGCAUAUUAUUCUGUAUAAUUUAAACUCAUAAUAAGAUUUGUGCACUCAGUUCUGGGGUCUUGUGACCUUUUA